UGGUUUAAUUUUAUCCAUUUUCUUGAGUAUUAUCAUAGAAGUAUGACAAAGACAGUUGCCGUUAUUGGUGCCGGUCCGACUGGCUUAGCCGCGAUCAAGAGUUGUUUAGAAGUCGGUCUUGAACCGACUGCGUUCGAAACUGAUCCUUGGCUGGGAGGUGCUUGGAAAUACACAGACUUGACUGAAGAAAAACGUAGAAGAAGCUGUGUGGCCUACUCCACUGUAACCAAUACUAGUAAGCACGUUAGCUGUUACAGUGACUUUCCUAUGCCUAAAGAAUGGCCCAAUUUCCUUCCUCAGCAGAAUUACCUCGAAUACUUUCAAAUGUACGCAAGAGAGUUUGAGUUGGAAGAGAGGAUUCGUUUUGAGGCCGAUGUUCUCUCUAUAGAGCCAACGUCAGAUUCCAAAGCGGAUCAAAAUGCUCGCUGGAGAGUUCGCUAUCAGGAUUUGAAGCAGAACUGUGAUCAGGUCGAGGAGUUCGAUUUUGUGAUGGUUUGUUCUGGAAUCAAUAAGGAACCUCGUAUCGCUGACAUUCCAGGGUUGGAUGGAUUUUGUGGUGACGUCAUCCACAGCAAGGAAUACAGAACUUGGAAAAACUUUGAAGGGAAACGUGUGAUUGUAGUUGGCAUGGGAAAUUCGGCAGGAGAUAUUGCCUGUGAAUUAAGUCAUCAUACACAACAGGUAUAUCUGAGCACGCGAAGUGGUGGUUGGGUUGUUUCUCGUUUGCUAGGUGGGGAUGGUCCUGGAGAUACCAAGUUCCUGACAAGAUUGGUAGACUCAAUUCCAUCAGCCAUCCGUGCACAGGUGUUUCACCACAAACUCAAGAAAGGUUUUAAUUUAGUCAACUUUGGCUUAGAAACAGCUCAUUCACCAGACAAAAGAUCCCCUUUAGUAAAUGACGAACUACCACAUUGCAUAAUCACUGGCUCAAUUCAAGUCAAAGCAGAAAUUGCAAAGAUAAAAGGGAAAAAUGUAGUAUUCACAGAUGGCUCAAAAGUUGAAGACAUCGAUGUGAUCAUUCUGGCCACUGGAUAUAAGUUUCAUUUUCCAUUUCUCUCUGACUCACUUCUUUGCCCAAAAGACAGGUACAUUCCCAUGUACCGAUAUGUAUUCCCACCAUUUUGUAAUCCAGGUACUAUUGCCAUCAUUGGAGCAGUACGUGUAAAUGGGCCUGUCCCACCCAUAGCUGAGAUGCAAUCCCGUUGGGCAGUAAGUGUUUUUGCUGGUAAAAGUAAACUUCCUGAUUGUCAAACUAUGGUGGAAGAAAUUGAAAGGAGACAACAAUUGUUAGAGGCCUCCACGAUAGAGUGUUGUCGAGCUUUUCAUUUGGUCAACUUUAUCAGGUAUUGUGAUGAAAUGUCAUCUCUAAUUGGAGCAAAACCAAAUCUAUGGCACCUCCUCAUGACAGAUCCAGUUCUUGCCUUCAGGUGCUUUUUUGGCCCAUGUAUACCAGCUCAGUACAGACUAGUUGGUCCUGGAGCCUGGCCAGGAGCCAGGGACAUCAUAAUGGGGGUGCAAGAGAGCAAGCUAUGCCCACUGAGGACCAGGAAAACAGGCCCAAAGGAAGGGAAAGAUAAGAAUUCAACUCUAUCAUGGUUAUUUUGCCUGCUCAUUUUAUUAAUCCUGUUUUUAUUGAUAAGUAUAUUCUGAGAUUUCAAGCAAUAGGUGAGGUGUAACUUUGGUAGUGUGCAGAAGCACAUUUAUCUGCAAUUAUCUUUUUUUUCCCACCAGUGUGUGCUUAUGCAAGUGAACCUUAAGCACUAGUUCUCUAGGUUGGUUUAUAAUUUUUAAUGAGAAGAAAAAAAUUAGUUCCUAAAGAAAGAAAUCCUCAAAAGCUCCUCAAAAGAAAAAGCUCCUCAAGUUUGUGGACAUUGUUCUUUCAAGCAGGAAAAUGAACAAAAAAGAAAUGACCCUGCAUUUGCAGAUUCAUACUUUAGCAGUUAUCAUAGAGAUCUGAAAAAGAUGACAAUUAAAAUUUGAUGAUAAUAGAACUUUAUAAGUAAUGAUAAUAAAUUAACAAUAACUGCCAAAAUAAUGGUGCCAUUGUUACUAGAUGCAGUGAAACAGAUGACAGUGAAAAUGACAUGUGAAGUUGUUAUUGUUGGUGAACUACUUUGUUAGCCAAAAGAUGUAAAUCAAGUGGUCUGGAAAAUGAGAUGACAUACUAGGGAGGGAGUUAAUUGAAUUACAAUUUUGCACUUGUCAA